AAUUACGUCUGGAUGUGUCAGAGGGAUUCAGGGCGAGUCUGGACUGCAGACAUCGUCGAGUAUGUUUCGAGGAUGUCCAUCAACAUGAAAAGAACCUUUCGUAUUUCUCUAAACGUUUUAUCCAUGACCAACGCGUGACCUGUCUUAUCAGUGCACAAGGACAAACAUCUCAAAUAACUGAAGUGACUCACAAGUUUAGAUUUUGAGUCUGCCCAGCACUGUUUGGCUCCUCAGCCCUUCUACUUUAAAAUCCUCAACCCUAAGCCCUGACGUGAACCCACCAUGUCCGGGAAGGAGCGCAGCCCCCGCCAUCGGCCAUGGUCGGUCUACCGGGCAAACACGUUUGAUCUUUCAUCUGAGAUGAUGGGGCUGGCUCUCUCAGGCAACAGUCAGGAUCCAGACGAGCCUGUGCUGGAGUUUAGCGUGGCCUGUAGUGAGCUGGUUACUCCCUCUCUGGACCGUAAGCCAACCAGCUUCGUCGCUGUCAGCUGCACCACUCCGCCCCAGGCCUUCUGGACCAAGCAUGCUCAGACUGAAAUCAUAGAGGGCACCAGUAACCCCAUCUUCCUGAGCAGUGUAGCGUUCUUUCAGGACUCCAUGAUCACGCAGCAGACUCAGGUCAAGCUUUCUGUCUAUGAUGUCAAAGACCGCUCACAAGGCACGAUGUACAUGCUCGGUUCGUCCAUGUUUUCUGUGAAAGAGCUGCUACAGGACAAACACCACAGACUACACCUGACUCUCAGGUCGACGGAGAACGAGCGUGUGGGGAACAUCACCGUCAUCGCCUGGCAGAUAGAGGAGAAGAGAGAGCAGAGAGCUCCUGUGGCCAGAUUACAGAGGGGAGACACGGUUAAUGGAAGGAUGGUUCUCUCUGUUGAUGCAAGCCUAACUGAAUCCAUGGGCAUCAAAUCCAAGUCUUCAUCCCUGUGUAAAGACCCUCUGCUGAAAGCUGUGUUUGGGGGCGUCAUGUCGAGAACCUAUCGGUUCCCCACCACAGACGGCAACCAUCUCCGGAUCCUGGAGCAGAUGGCGGAGUCAGUGCUCUCGCUGCACAUUCCUCGACAGUUUGUCAAACUGCUGCUGGAGGAAGAUGCUGUCAGGGUGUGUGAGCUGGAAGAGCUAGGUGAGCUGUCUGCAUGUUGGGAGAACCUUAGGAGGCAGAUCAUCACUCAGUAUCAGACCAUCAUCCUCACCUACCAGGAGACCAUAAGUGACCUGCACGAAUACAAAGGUCCUUCAUUUAAGUCUAGUACCUUAAAAGCUGAGAGGAAACUGGAGUUUAUUCCUACAAACCUGCACGUCCAGAGAAUGAGAGUACAGGGAGAGACCGGCUAUGACCGGACUUAUGACGUUGUGACCAUUGGGGCUCCUGCAGCACAUCAUCAAGGCUUUAAAGGCUGCGGCCUCCGAAAAAUGCUGCACAAGCUGGAAGAAGCAAGAAAACAGACUCAUGGGGAUGAAAGCUCUCAGAGCUCUGGCAGUUCUAGCCCAAAAGGAAUGAUGUACCAGCCUCAGGAUAUUGUGAAAGCAAAGGAGCUGAUUGGACAAAUAAACACUCUAAAGACACAAGUGUGUUACUACACUGAGCGUCUGUCUCGAGCUGCCAAGGAGAAAUCGGCCAACGCUUUGGAGAGAACACUAGCCAUCCUCACAGAGAAGACUCGUCAGUUGGUGACCGUGUGCGACUCUAAGCUGCUGUCCACAGCCAUCAUCGCCCUGGCAGCUGCUCGCCCAGAGUUCACCCAGCGAAGCACCCCGUCCCCUUCCUCCUCCUCCCUCUCACCCUCCUCUCGUUCCCCAUCACGCUCCCCUUCCCGACCCAACCCAACCUCACCGUCUCGCUCUGCCACCUCACCGUCACGCCGGAUUUCCCCAACGGACAGCAGCGAGGGGAUAAAAAACAAGCGUGCAUCGUUUCAGGCAGAUUUUCACGAAGAGGAAUGGGAGAAAGUUUGGCUGAAUGUGGACAAAAGUCUGGAGUGUGUAAUUCAAAGAGUGGACAGGCUGCUGGUGAGAAGCACACUGCAGAGCGACAGCAGUUCUGAGGACGUCUUUGAGCUCGCCACCGAGGAGCCGAGCAGUGUUAAGAAAGACAGCAGCCCAGAGGUAGUAGAGAAGACAUCUCCAGGUGAAUGGAGCGACGCUCUGUACCCCCUCCUCACCACGCUGACAGACUGUGUGUCUCUAAUGAGCGACAAAGCAAAGAAGUCCAUGGUGUUUCUGCUGAUGCAGGACAGCGCUCCCACCAUUGCCAUGAGCCUCACCCUGCAGUACCGCCGUGAUGUCGUCUUCUGUCAGACGCUGACAGCGCUGAUCUGCGGCUUCGUCAUCAAGCUGAGGAACUGUCUGUGUGACUCAGGCUUCCUCAGGCAGCUGCACACCAUCGGCCUGCUGGUGCAGUAUGAGAGCCUGCUCAGCACAUACGGUGAGGAGUUAGCCAUGUUGGAGGACAUGAGCGUCGGAGUGAUGGACCUGAGAAAUGUCACUUUCAAAGUCACCCAGGCGACCUCUGGUUUCGCCCCAGACAUGCUGCCAGUGAUCACAGGAAACAGGAGCGGCUUUAACGUCAGAGUCCCAAUGCCCGGGGUGAUGUUUGACACGCUGCCUCGAGAGAUCCAGAACGGGAUGCUGCUGCGUGUGCAGCCAGUCCUCUUCAAUGUGGGGAUCAAUGAACAGCAGACGCUGGCUGAGAAGUUUGGAGACACCUCACUUCAGGAUGUCAUCAACAUGGAGAGCAUGGCUCGCCUAAACUCAUACUAUGACCAAUUUAAAGAAGUCCUGCCAGAAGACUGCCUGCCUCGCACCCGCAGCACCACCAGUCUGCCUGAUCUGCUCAAACAGCUGAACCAGAACGUGAACGCCAAGAGGAGCAAGAACGUGGAGAUUCUAUGGCAAGCAGCUGAGGCAUGCCGCCGCUUGAAUGGAGUGCGUUUCACAAGCUGUAAGAGCGCCAAAGAUCGCACGGCCAUGUCCCUGACCCUGGAGCAGUGUCAGAUCCUGCAGCAGGAGCACGCCCUCGCCCCACAGGUCUUCUACCAGGCCUUGGACUGUAUGCGCAGUGAGGGCUGCAGAAGGGAAAACACCAUGAAGAAUGUGGGAUGUCGUAAAUACGCCUUUAACUCCCUGCAGCUCAAAGCCUUCCCAAAACAAUAUCGCCCUCCAGAGGGAACUUACGGGAAAGUGGAGACCUAAGCAGACUCUCCUAACCAAAAGACUUAAUGGAAUAAUGAUGAUAGCACCACACAAACAAAAAUACCAACACAAACUGGAACAACAACCCAUUGUUUUGUGCUUAGUCACUAUUAAGAUGUCCAAGUGCCAGUGCUACUGUAGAUUGUUUUAUAGCGGUUUCCCCCCCUCCUCAUGUACUCAAUUCACACUUUUCACAUCCAAAACCAGUAAAAAUGUGGCUUUCUAUGUUGCAUUGUAGCCACUGUGCAGACCACACUGUUGGCUGUGCCAGUUGUAGCACCAGAAAGUCAUUUAAACCCUUGAAAAAAGAUGUGUAAUCUCAGCCUUUAGACGAAUGGAUUGGGACAUGUUUGUACUUGUCCAUGCUGCUUUUGUGUUUUUUUUUUUUUUUUUUUUAAUCAAUUUAUUUAUGAGGUAAUAAGGCAGUGGGUUUUCUUUAUUCUUGUAUUGUCAACAAAUCACAUGUAGAGGCCAUCAUUAACACAAAGAACUUGUGAAGAAGUUGGUGUUGCAAGCCUGUGCCUGAAAUGGGUUGUCACUUUGUAUGACAACAGCUCCAUUAUUGAUCAAAAACGUGAAUGAAAACUUUUAACAUCUGUCAGUGAGCUGCACCGUAGUCCUUCCAGAAAUUUUCCAUUACUUUACUUCCUCUUUCCCCAUGAUAAUGUGUAAAUUUUAGCCAAUUUUCCAGAGAUCUUCAGAAAUUACUCCAUUAUCUUGGUAAAAGCAGCUUUUUAUAUUAUAAAAAAAGGAGAUAAAUGAGUCUAAAUAUUGCUAAAACAUUUACAUUACCCUUUAUCACAAUAAAACAGAGUAAAAUAAAAGGUAUGGAUGCAUACUCUUCAUAGACUUUUGCCACCAUUUUUUCCAGACACGUAUUUAUGACCCACUGAAAACUGCUCCCACUUUUGGGUCCCGUCCCACCAGUUGAGUACCACUGCUCAAGUCUCCUGUAUCCCUUUAUCUGACUAGACGACGCCAGAUGCUAGGGGAUCUGCAGGAUUAAGGCUAUUGUGAUCGUGAACGCCUCCAGACUUGGUAAAUUAGUUUAACUGUGGUUUAAAAAAAAACAAACAAAAAAACCAUAACAUUUUUUGCGAAGUGUAGGGGUCGUGUUCGAUUUUUGAAGAAAUUUUGCAUACAGAUCCAUUUUGAACUGCCAAGUACUAACUACUGUCCAUUCCCAUUCACUCCUAACAGCUGUCCCCCAAUUCCUGACCCCCAAUGGAUGUUCAGGAUCAUGUGAUGCAAACAGCCCAUAGAACGUGUUUGAUGAACUCAGAAUGACAUCAGCUAUCUGGCAACAGGAGGCUUUUGAAGCCAAUCCACAGCAGUUACCAUACUGAGAUAAUGUCUCAAACUAACUUUAGAUCAACCAAGAAACAGACAAAAAAGUAGAGCUGUGAGGCAGCUGCACUGUGCUGACAUGCUGGUUAGCUCAUAUUAGCCAUGCUCCUAAUUAUACAUAACUCGUACCUUUCUUAAAACAAAGUGGACAAGUAGUUAAAAAAAUUAAGUGUUGUUCGUGUUGGGUCAUUGUUUUUGGCCUUUUAAUGAAAUUUGUUGACAAUAAAAGAAUAAUACUGUCAUGAUAAGAGCUUUGAUCUGAAAGGCUACGCUACAAAGAUAUCUAUUACCAUCUCUAAUUCAGCGUAGCACCAAGAGGAUCCUCUUCUUUGCCUGUUAUUAUUUUUCUCUGGACCUAAAUUGCUCUGCAGAGUGAAAGCUGUUUAACUCAAAGCACUUCUUUGAUUUAAUUUCAAAGCUUUUAGACUGUUCUUUAUUUCCCUUCCACUGUCUCUUACUCUUUCCACGUGUCUUCUUUAAUCACAUUUAUAAUCACUGACACCACAUCACUCUACAAUAAGCACAGACCUUAAAGAAGUACAUAUCUCACACUACUCUCUAAAUGCUUCUCUGAUGAGCUAGAAGCAUCAAUGAGGAUUUGAUCUCAACACUUGGGCUUCAGAAGUGAUUUGUCAGAAUAUUUAUAACUCCUACAUAUGUUCAUAUAUUUAAGACUAUUCUCCAGGUUGUAUGCAGCACUAUAAUGGUUUAAUAGCCCUUCAAACUUGGGUUUUAUUUAUUAAAAGUGUAUGUUUCCAGUUUUGAAGCACUCAUUAAAAUGUGUUCAGAAUUUAUCACAAAUUUGGAUAAAAGCUUUAUCAAUUUCAUCUGCAUGAGACCUGAAAAUGCUAUUGCUUUAUACUGCUGGAAUUGUUUACUGAUGAUGAAACCCAUUGGAGAGGAAAUAAUGCAUAUUGCAUUAUUCUUCCGAGCCUCAACUACACCUUUUCUGUUCUCAGUUUACCAACUACAAUGUACCUUACUGUACAGAACUUACAGAGACAGUGGAUUUUAUUUUGUAAAUGUUAUUUUGCUCAAAGGUAUUUAUGUUGAUAUGGCUGCUGUUGCCAAAUGCCAUUAUCCAUUGUUAUUGAGUAAAUCAUGACCUUGUUAUAAUCAGAUGUUAAUGCGCACAGAUUGGACGUGAAAGUGUGGGAGACGUCUGCACCCCUACAGAGGUAUGAAGUA